AUGGAGGACCUCAAGCAAUACAGUGCCAAGAUCGAAAGCAUUCUAGAGUCCAUCUCUCAGCCAAUCAAACCUUACCUACCUUGGAUUGCAAGAUUCUUGCUCGUCGUGACAUUCUUGGAGGACUCGCUGAGAAUAACAUCACAAUGGGGAGAACAGACAACGUACUUGGAGAAAUAUAGAGGCUUCCAUUGGACACUCUCCAGACUCUUUCUCUCUCUCAACGUCCUCACAAUGCUAGUCUGCUCAUCACUAGCAAUGAUCAAAAAAUACACUGAAUUAGCUUGUGGUGGCCUUCUUCUAGUCAUCGUCUCGCAAGCCAUAGGCUACGGUCUGAUCUUUGACACAAACUUCUUUCUCCGAAACCUAUCGGUCGUCGGUGGCCUACUCAUGCUACUCGCAGACGCACUAUCAGCUUCAAAACGCAAAAAUAUCUUUGCUGGUAUCCCUAUAUCUGUCAAUGAACUCGACAAGUCCAGCUACUUCCAGUUAGCUGGACGUAUCUUGCUUGUCUUCUUGUUUAUGAGCUUCUUGCUUGCUGGUUCCUUUAGUGUCAUGAGGGUGGUUGCUUCUUUGGUGGGUGCUGUUGGGUGUGUCAUGAUUGUGGUGGGGUUCAAGACCAAAUGGGUGUCGUGGUUUCUCGUUGCCUUCUUGAGUAUAUCUAAUGUCUUGCUGAAUAACUGGUGGUCACUGCAUCAUGGACACCCACAAAAGGACUUUUUAAAGUACGACUUCUUCCAAACACUGUCUAUAAUGGGAGGUUUCUUGCUCUUGUUGAAUCUUGGACCAGGUGGUCUAUCCAUGGAUGAAAAGAAGAAGAGCUUUUAG